AUGCGGACCUCGAAGUUCGCCACUGCUCCCUUAGCCUUCGAAGAAGAUGCAGAGGCGGAGGCAGCGCGCUUGGAGAAAUUGCGCGAAGACGAUCCGAUCGCGUGGCAGGAUGCAGUGAACACCUCCAGGGCUCUGGUGGAAGCAGUCAAGGAUAACGACAUCGAUGAGCUAAGACGAGUCGUGGCCAAUGCGGAGGAGGGCGAGUUCAUACAAGCCUUCAUCUUGCAGGCCUUCGUGAUGGCCUUGAAGUCCUCGCUGCUGGAGAUCACUCAGCAGCUCGUAGACUGGGGAGUGCCACUGCAGAGCUCCCAACUUUCGCAGGCGCUGCAUCUUGUGUGCGAGCUCGUCAACCGGGACAAUUUCAGCAAUUCCUGGCGCAUCGUGAAAGCCCUCACGGAUGGCAACUCGGAGGGCGCCCUGGACAUUGACGCUCCGCGUCAGUCUGACGGGGUGCGCGCGCUGCUUGUGACGGUAGUAGUCGUGGAGGAGGAGGCGGAGGAGGAGUCUGAGGCAGAGCAGCGUCAGGGACAAGAAGGUAGAAAUCACAAUAGCAACACAGAACCUGGAUACGACUCCGUGCGUUGA